AUGUCAUCCAUCGAGUCAACAACAGAAUCGUCGAGCUCUGCAUCGUCCCAGGAAUCCAAACAAAAGCUAGACAGCGGCUCCAAACAAAAGCCUGAACACCUCUGUAUACGGCCGCUCACGAUCUACGACUGGCAGCAAGUGGUGGAGUUAGAGGCUCAGGGAUUCCCCGAGCACGAGAGAUGCUCGGAGGAGAAAGUCAAGUAUCGUCUCACGGUGUGUCCGGAGCUGUGUUCCGGGCUUUUUGUGAGGGAGUUUGAGGAGAACGCCGCGCAAAACGACAGUCCUCCUCCGCGUUCUACCAUAGUGAAUGAAAAGCUCAUUGGACACAUUCUAGCGUCGAAGACGUACGAUUCCACCAUCACGGAACGGUCGAUGGCUAUCCCAAAGGACGAAAAUGAUUUGCAGAGCGGCCACGUCGAGACUAGCCGCACGAUCGGCAUCCAUGCCGUGGUGAUCGACAGCCAGUACCGGGGAUUGAAACUCGGGUCUCUUCUGAUCAAGGACUACUUGCAGAAACUGAACCAGCAGUAUGUGGCGGACAAGGUGGUUUUACUUGCCAAGCCCCAGGUGACGCCGUUCUACCGCGGGCUGGGCUUUGUGGACGACGGCGUGAGCUCGUGUCGGUUCGCGGGCGAGGAAUGGCAUGACAUGCAUUGUGAUCUUACACACGAAGAGGAGGACGAAGACAUGUAA